UGUAUGUGCGCGUGUGUUGCAUUGACCACUGAUCGUAAAGUGAACUUUUUUUUUUUCCCCCUUCGAACACAAACUUGUCGGUAGCGCAUCUUCCGCGCAUGCGCAGCCUCCUCUGCUUGAAAUAAGAGUUAAAAGAGAAACGAGUUGCAGGGAUUUGUAGGGAUCUGGAAUGGCUGACACUCCACCCUGUGACGGUCCUUCACAAGGUGCUGAAUUUGACAUGAUGGGCGCUCUGGACUGGAAGGAUGGCAUUGCAACGUUGCCAGGAAGCGACAUCAAGUUCCGCAUGACAGAGUUUGGCACACUCGAGAUUGUGACAGACGUAGAAAUGAAAGGGCAGCAGCCGGCGCCUAAAAAGGAGGUUUUGGACCCGGUGCCAUCUCACAGUCCCACACCGCCACCUGAGGGUCAAUCGCAGACAAAACCAGUACCCCCACCAGCACCCGCACCAGCUAAUAAUAUUCAGCCGGCAUCCACUCAAGGGAAAGCCGCUGGACCUGUUGUCCUGUCUUUGGAGGAGACCCCCACUCUUGAAAGUCCCAAAGUGGAAGUUGGUCCAAGUGUGGAAGUUGGCCCAAAUGGGGAGCUGACUCAAUGCCGAACCUGCGGCAGUCAAGUUGCCCGAGAUUCUCUCCUACAGGGAAAGUUCUGCAGCCCAAACUGUGCCCAGCCCACCAGUGGAAGGUCAUCUCCUGGAGAGCCCCGGGAGUGCCAAGUUGCUGAAAGCGAGACCUUAGGUAAACGCGUGCGUAAAAAGAGAAAAAUCUAUAUGGAUUCUGGUGAUGAGGAGGAAGACAACCAAGAGGAACCAGAGGAGAAAGCCAAAACUACCAAAGGCAGGAGAGGAGCCAAAAUAGCCAAACUUGCUACAGCCCCACCGAACAAGAAGCGGGCAUGGAGCUGGCCGGCCUACCUGGAGGAGGAGCGUGCCAUCGCCGCUCCUGUCAAACUGUUCAAAGAGUAUCAGUCGGUUCCUCAAAGCCGGAACAGCUUUAAGGUGGGGAUGAAGCUGGAGGGGCUGGAUCCGUGUCACCCGUCUCUCUUUUGUGUGCUCACCGUGGCAGAGAUCCAAGGCUAUCGAGUGAGGCUUCACUUUGACGGCUACCCGGAGUGCUACGACUUCUGGGCCAACGCAGACUCGUGGGAUUUGAAACCGGCAGGCUGGUGUGAGAAAAAUGGACACAAAUUAUUGUUGCCCAAAGGUUGUAAAGACGGAGAGUUCAACUGGAGCAUGUACGUGAAAAACUGCAGAGGUCAACUGGCCCCCAAGCACCUCUUCAAGAGCCUCAACACCUCGGUGACUCCCUCCGGAUUUCGAGCGGGCAUGAAGCUGGAGGCGGUGGACCGGAAGAACCCGUCGCUGAUCUGCGUGGCAACCAUCGCAGCUGUGGUGGACAACAGACUUCUCAUUCACUUUGAUAACUGGGACGACGCAUAUGAUUAUUGGUGCGACGCAAGCAGUCCAUACAUCCACCCGGUAGGCUACUGCGAGGAGACCGAGCUCACUCUGACCACUCCAGCUGGUAAGACACAGAGCAAGACAAAUGUGGAAUAUAAGCAACCUAAGAGUUUCUCCUGGGAGAAAUAUUUGGAAGAGACGGGCACACAGGCUGCUCCUGCUCGGGCUUUCAAACCGAGACCUCCACAUGGCUUCCAGGUGGGAAUGAAGUUGGAAGCUGUGGACAGAAGGAACCCCAUGCUCAUUCGUGUCGCCACAAUCGCAGACACGGAAGACCACCGGCUUAAGAUCCAUUUUGAUGGCUGGAAUCCAGAUUAUGACUUCUGGGUGGAGACCGACUGCCCCGACCUGCACCCUGUAGGCUGGUGUCAUAAGACUGGACACUCUUUGCAGCACCCUAACAGUGCUAAUGAUGUGAGUCCUCCAGGACAGGGAUGUCCCACCCCAGGAUGCAACGGAGUCGGCCACAUCAGAGGACCUCGUUAUGGAACACAUUACACUCAGGUGAGCUGUCCCUACUCGGAGAUGAAUCUAAACAAAGAGAGCCUGCUCCCAGACCGUCUCAGCGGCGAGCGACCCCUCGUGCUCAGCGGCGCCCUCCCCCGCGGGCGGCGCCUCGAACCCAACUCAACUACUCCCACGCAGACCGCCUCCACGCCAGAACAGCCCGAGGCAGCCGACAACUCCCACACCAGGAAACCACUAGAGGUGGAAGCUGAGAUUUCAGUUCGCAGUAGCCAGCCAGAGCCACUAGGAGGUGCCAGUGAGCAAAACCAAAAUGGAACCAGACUCAAAAGGACUGCUUCGGUUCCCAAAUAUCUCAAAAUGCACUACGUGAAAGAAGAGUCUGGUGAUGGUAAAGCAUCCCCAGACUCCAUUUCCCUCCAGCAAGCCCUUCACGAGUCAGUGUUCUCCCCCGGCGUGUCUCCCGCUCCCCCCCACCGGGUGGCGCUAUGCUGGGACAAACACUGUCAACUGCUGCCUGAGGUUCUGGGCCUCACCGCCAAGAGAGUGGCGGGAUGGAGCACGGAGGAGGUGUCCAGUUUUGUGAAAGGACUCCCAGGGUGUAAAGAACAUGCUGCAACAUUUAAAACAGAGCAAAUAGACGGCGAGGCCUUUCUGCUACUCACCCAAACAGACAUCGUCAAGAUCCUGUCCAUCAAGUUGGGCCCCGCCCUGAAGAUUUAUAACGCCAUCCUCAUGUUUAAGAGCGCCGAUGAAGAGUAACUCUAAGGACUCCCAACAGAAACGUUUACAGAAAAGCCAUCCGCUAUAAUAAGUUGCUCUCUUCUCAAUUGACUUAACAACAGGGAGAGUUCUUUAAUUGUAUUGUUUACUGACACGUCAAUUAACAGACACCUUGAAAAAUGUUCCUGACAUAGUUUGUGAAUUGUCCCCAAAAAAAAAUGUCAGAGCUUUCAAAGCUGGUUAACCAAGCACUUUAGUUGCUUGUGUUUUUUUUUAUUUUUAUGAAUGGCACUGUUUUUUUUUAUUCUCUCUCUCUCCAUUAGAGAGCAAGUGAAAGCUGAGAACAGUAUCAAUGAUUUUUUUUUGUGAAGGGUGGGGGGAAAAAAAAUUCCCUUCCAACAAGGGCCACUUCAUUUUUUUAUGACGUCCUCAGAGGGCUGUCUGAAAGUUAAAAACCAUGCGGACAAAGGUAUUUAUUACUGUACAUCUAUAUGGGAAUUUUCAGGUUGCAUUUGUUAGAAGUGCACGGCGGGCUGUAGGCCUUCCCCUCACUGGUCUAACUGGUGAUUAAGAAAAUUCCUGGUUUAUAAUUCUCAUUGUUUUGAUGGCACAUGAAUGUUUCAAAAAAAUCUUUUGCCAUUAUAAAUAGAAUGCAGCUACACAAGGAUUUGCUCCUGCUUGGUUAUGCAAAGAUUGAAGGCGAAGAAAAAUGUAAAAAAAAAAAAAAAAAAACGUUGACGAGGCAACAAACUGUCGGUCACCAGUUUGGAAUGUGUUACUUCGGUGCGUGUUUAUAUGCAAACAGCUUUUUAUUUAUGUAUUCUAAUUUAAGGGUUAAGGGUAUGCCGUCUUGGCUCUAAGGAGUGUGUGAGUGCUUGCGCAAGUUUGGGUAUGAAAUAAAUGAGAUGCACA